UUCUGAUGAUGCAGCUAUUGAACCAAAGCAACGAGGUCCACCGAAAACAAGAUGGCUUCGUGGUAUAGCUGCUCAUAUUCAACAAGUUAUUUUUAAAGCAACAUCUGAUCGCGCUAAAGGUGAACAACGCGUUGGCAAGAUCGCACUCUCCAAUAGUGCUGUUGUGACAGCAUUAGAAAAUAUUGGUAUACGAAGAAAAUGGGUUGUUUGA